AUGCCCGUUCGGUCCUAUCAUUCGAUUCCUCAGCUGGAACAGAAGAUUGAGAAAGCUCAGGACGAGACGCAUGAUGCGCAUGGGUCUGACGAUGAAAUUGACGACAUCAGGCAAUUGCGCAAAGUACGCAUUGCCCGAGCUGGUCGAAGGUUGUCAAAACUUGACCAAAUCGAAGAAGUCGCUGGCGACGCUGAGCAGCGUGAAGAGCGUGUCAAGGUGAACGAGGAGCGUCAGGAAGCCAGUGGAGUCUGGGGAGUUCUUCAUGGCGUUCCUGCCCACCAGCAGAUCCAGAGUCCAUGGUUCAUCCUCAUCCUGCUUUUGACUAUUGUUCAGAUGUUGAGGAUGAACUACUUCAUCGCAACUAUUCAUGCGCAAUACCGUUACAUGCUGGGCGCCGAGGCCGCCGCCAACAACAUCAACCGUUUCUUCGACAUUGCCUUGCCUGUCGGUGGACUUCUGUCUACCCCCCUUAUUGGUGUCCUCCUCAAUAAUCUGAGCGUCUCGUCAAUCUUUGGCGCGCUGACUGCCCUGAUUGUCGCCAUUGGCGUGCUCAAUUUCUUGCUGUUUUCGGGCACAUAUUCUCGUGUGCUAAUCGGUCUUCAAUGGGACUACGCAACAAAAGUCUUUGGUUUCGCCACCUUCGGUCGUAUCUACGGUACUAUCGUGUGCGUCUCAGGCCUGGUAAACUUCGCGCAAUCUGGCCUGGAUGCUCUUACUCACGGUCCAUUGCACGGAGAUCCUGCACCUGUAAACAUUACACUCGGCGCAUCAGGCACCAUAAUUGGAAUUGUUCUCACAGCAUUUGUCGCCAUCAAAGGUCGUACUUUCGUUACAGAAGAGAAGCCUGAGUUGGAUGCCUUAGAAGAGAGACAGAGACUACUGUCAUCGGCAGGUCAGGACUAUGGCAGUCGCGCAUGA